AUGGCGACAGCUAAUGGUUCACUGUGCAACAUCUCCGGGUCCGUGUCCGAGAAUGGGAGCUUGGUCGGCUGCAUCGAGUCGGAUAUUGAACAGGGAACGGUUAAAGCGAUUCAGGCGUGGAUCGCUUACCUGCUGAUUCCUGUGAACCUGAUCAGCAUACUUGCUAAUCUUCUCGUCAUCUUAGCUGUGACAAGGACAUCACACCUGCAGGAGCUGGCACACAAGCUGAUCGCAAACUUGGCUGUCGCUGAUUUCAUCAUGGGCGUCCGAGGAGUCUUCAUCGUACCAAUGACCUUUCUAAUCGAAUUCCCGCCAAAGAUCAUAUGCCUUGGACACUUCAGUGUGGUUUUGAUCUCCGUCGCCAUGGUCUUCAUCUACGCUUACAUGAUGAUGAUUACCAAGCACCACCAGCGGCAGAUCCACCAGGAACCGAGCAGCAGCGGUUCGCAGGAGGCAGUAGCGACCAGAAAAUCCUUUUCUGCUGAGCUCGCCAAGCAUCUGAAGCUUGCCAAGACGUUUGGCAUCGUCGUCGGCGCUUUCUUCGUCUGCUGGGCUCCGUACUCCAUCCUGAUGCUGCUGAGCGUGGCCGACGUCUACCACGACACGCUCGGAGUGGCGACAGCCUUUGGCUGUAUGAUGGCAGACUCCGACUCUUUCAUGAACUUUUUCAUAUAUGCUUCAGAGAGCAGUCAGUUCCGCACCGCCUUCCGGGCGGUGUUGCCUUCGUGUGAACACUAG